AUGAAGUCAACUAUGGUCCUUGGCCUCGUGGCCGCCGUCCUGCCAUCCAUCACCGCCGCAUGGUCGCCUCUCGACCUCUUCCAGCGCUCUGCUGAGGUUCAAGUGCAGAAGCGUACUCUCGACCCUGCCACUUCCAACACUGAAGGAAAGUGUCCCUCAACUUAUAACUGCUCUGCUUCCAAGACCUCCAAGUCCAUCCAGGCUGCCGAGUGCGCCUACAACACCCGCACCUCGUCGCAGACAUUUGCCGUCUUCAAGACGGACCACCAGUACGACGAUGUCGAGGGUGCACCCUACGGUACCUGCAGCGCCUACAGCUGCACUGUGCCUACCAGCAGCGAAAUGACCGACUCGGACUCGGACUGCUGGACCUUCUUCUGGGACGACAGCGGUGAGAGCAGUGGUGUCGGAACCACCUGUAUCAAGGAUCCCAGCUCUGGCGAGUGCGGCUGUGAGAACUCGGAUGGCACUUUCAUUGUUGGAAGUGACAGCUGCACUUAG